AUGGCGCAAGGUGCAAAUACAAAGAAGGUGUUCCGCCUUCGUAAUCUACCCGGCCAUGUUGAUCGCCAGGCUGCAACCGAACUCUUCGCGAGCUGCUUCUCUGGCAACUUUUCCAUUGCGUCGCUUGCCUCGUCCACUGAUAUCUGGCAGCGAAUUCCAACAAAAAUAGCGACUCUGACUCUCGAUGAGUCGUUACUCACCAGGCAGGUGAGCUCCGGCCUUGGUGAAUGGACGUUCGUGAUUCCAGGACUACCACACCCUCUGAUCUUGGGUCAUCAUUUCAGGGGACUCACUCCGUUCAACGAAGUAGACCCAGGGAAUCAUACACUUGACUGCAUAGCCAUAUCCGGUCUCUCCAGCCACCCGCUGGGGUCAUGGCAACCCCAUGGUGGAUCGAAAUCAUUCAUGUGGAUCCGUGACGAACUUCCUCAGCAGUUUCCAAACGUUCGGUUCAUUACUUACGGCUAUGACACUUUGCUAGCCAAGAGCAACUCAUUUCAAACGAUUUGGGACUUGGCAAACACACUAAUUAACGUUCUGCGUGCAGACGGAUGGAGCUCGUCGACUGCAAAACGAUUAGUCUUCCUAGCCCACAGCCUUGGAGGCGUGAUUGUAAAGCAGGCCCUGGUAAUGCUUGCUGGAAGCGGCCAUGCUGAAGUACACAUUGCGAGUCUCGUUCAAGGGCCCAUGCUUUUCGGUGUUCCAAGCAGUGGGAUGGCCGUAGACGAUGUUUGCGCCAUGCUUGGCAACCAGCCGAACAAAGAUGCUCUCGUCAAGGAAAUAUCCGCUGAAUCCAGUUUCUUAGCACAACUGGAGAGUCAAUUCUGGGGUAUCUCUUAUGUGCGGAAUAUCAAGCUCUGUUGGGUGUAUGAAACCAAAACAACGGGCACUCUUGAGAUCGACGAGAACCAUUCAGACAUGGUCAAGUUUACGCCAGGUGAUCACAGGACUCGUAUUGUUGCAAAUAAGCUAUCAGAUAUAUUCGGCCUGGCCAAGGUAUCUGAUCGCCAUAAGGAUCAAGUGAUAUACGAUGGAGAAGACAUACACGACGCACCACAGGGCGAGGGUAAUUCCAUGGUAAAGGUCGUCUCCGAUUCAAUCGCAAACGCUUCUUUUGGUCCUUUUACCAUCCCAGAUCCAGUGUGGUGGGACAACGAUCAGUGGGCUUUCGAAGAUGGUUUCACGGAUCUCCCUAGGUGGCUCCAAAACGGAAACGGCAUUUUUUGGGUCAGUGGGAAGCCGGGAUCGGGGAAAUCUACCCUUAUGAAGUUUGUCCACAAUGACGACAGAACACGUGAACUAUUGCAUUGUUGGAACACGUCGACCCGGCAGAUUACGGCAAACUUCUUCUUCCACUAUCGUGGCAACGUUAUUCAAAAGUCCUUCGAGGGACUUCUUAGGAGCAUCAUCAGCCAACUUCUAGAAGCCGAACCAGAGCUUUACGACGCUAUACAUGUGCUUUUCAACAAUAAGUACAACAAGCAAGUUCAUUUAGAGCGCCUUGGCAGUUUGCAAUCUGAACUCUAUAGUCUAGCUAACGAGGCUGGAUUGUCGGUGCCGAACAAUACCAACUUGAAACAUGAUGUAGAUGGUAUCAUACAAAACCAGGACGUCUCCCAUACCCUCAAAUAUCUGACGAGUAGCAUAAACUGGAAGCCAGGGCGCAUACGAAGCUGGAAUACUAAGUACGAGGAACGACUACUACAACGUGGCGAUGAACUUCUCGACAGCCCCAUGGGUGACUUGGAUCUCGACCGAGUGCGCAAGGCUCUGGACGUGCGGAUCCCAGCACCUGAUUUCGAUUCACUCAUCAUGACAUGGCGAGAAAGAAUAGAUCUCGGCUCGAACAUCAGGGCGCUCUUCGCCAAGCACCCACCCAGUUGGCUUCUGUCGGACCACUGGAAUCCUGAGCACAGCAGCGUUGUCCAUCAUUCGUCAGGAACGUCGGAAGUAGAGGAAAGAGCACGAAGGCUAGAUCAAGCCCGACUCAGGAAGCUCGAUGAUUCCAUCAAUGCCGUCUUGAUACGGCACCAACGCCGCAAAAAUAUUAAGGCGGCGAUUGAGAGUACAAAAUGGAACAGAAAAGACCUCGAGGAAAUCCUUCACUCAAUAUGUGCACAGUCGAUGUUUGAUCUCGACCUGUGCCUGUUUCUUGACGCCUUGGAUGAGUACGAUGGCCGCCCAGAGUUCAUCUCGGGAUUUCUGAAAGACCUGACCAGGGACGGACAUUUUCCGUGCACUUGGAUUCGUAUCUUGUUCUCCAGCCGGCCAUGGAAAACGUUCCGAGAUGAGUUUGAGUCGUGCCCUGGCUUCAAGAUCCAUGAGCACACCCAAAAUGACAUCCGCAAGUACUGCAUGACGAGUAUCUAUGGCCGUGGCCAGCUGUCUCAGUACCUACUGCCGUAUGUGGACGAAAUCGUCCACCGAUCAAGCGGCGUGUUCCUAUGGGUUAAACUCGUGUUGCAUGAUCUCUUCCAAGUUGUAGCGCAGCAUGGUCAUGGUGGCCAGCAACUGGCGGACCAGCUGAGGAAGACCAUGGACACUCUCCCCGACCAGCUGGAGGCCUAUUAUGUGGUUAUCCUCGAGCGGCUCUCAAAUGCUACUAGGUGGGAUGCGUAUGUGAUACUCGAGUCGCUUGUACGCUCAGUCACCAAAUUGAGCGCUACACAGCUGUCGGACAUUGUCGCCUACUCGUCCGUCCGACGAUGGAGCGACGUCCGUAAGGUGAAACCUGGCCUGCGAGAUGCUCAACAAGCAAGUAGAUUUGUCCAGGAGGCUUGUGGAGGGCUGGUGGAUGUCGAGGCAGAACACGUCCAGCUGAUGCACCAGACGGUACGGGACCUCGUCGAAGCGCCUGGAUUCCGCCAUGUUAUGUUCGACGCCAGUUACGCCGCCACGACGGACGAGAACGGCUUCUCCUUCCUGGCCAAGUACAUCUUACUCCAUCCGCACUGUGGCAUUGGGGGCCUCUUCUCGUUCUAUGCCAGGAAGGCAGAGAGGACCACGGGCUUGAGCCAACAUUCUUUCUUUUUGGGAGUACCACCAUCCUUUUUCCAGCGGCACAAAAUGGGUGACUAUGUAUCAUCACCCCUAACACUGGCAGCCUUCGCUGGCCUCGAGCUCUUUCUGGAAGACGCGCACAGAACGGAGAGCGAGGCCGUCGGGCGAUCCCGCGAGUGGCUCCUGCUGAGCACAGACGCCGGUAUAGGGCACGGCCUCGAGCCAGACGAGGCUCUCGUGAUCAUCCGGUCGCUGACGGCCAAGGGUUUUGCUGUCGACCGGGACCCAGCUGGGCUGAGUUCCUUCGUGCGGCAAAUGUGGGGGGUUCGACACCAGAGGUGCGUCAACAACUUAGGGGGAUUGGACCGGAGGUUUGUCGACAUUGUAGCCACGCUUGUCGACCAUCUAAGCAACCUCGAGAUCUCCAUCCAAUGGAAAGACUUCGAUUUCGAGGAGAACAAUGAAGAAAAAGACAAGACCAUGAUGCCAUUGCCAGACAGAAAUCCCUUUUACGACACCCAUGGCUACAGAACCAAGGGCCCGACCAUAUCCGGGAAGAUUCUCCACCUCAGUCCACCAAGUAUUGCGAGGAUCCUCUUGGAACGAGGUGCUGACCCCAACGCUGCAGACUCGCUUCAGCGGUCACCCUUGGAUUACCUUCUGUUUGCUGGAUCGCUGCAUUCUGCCAAACUGCAUUAUAUCAAUGAGCUACAAGAGCUAUUGAAAAGUUACGGUGGGAGGUUCCGCCGCACGCUUGAGACUGAUGGUCCUGCUUUGCAUGACUAA